CGAGGCGUGUCCUUCCCCCACCCCUUUCAAGCCUUCUCCCACCGCGCAGGCGCACAGAGUGCAACAAGAUGGCGGCCCCCGUGGAUCUGGAGUUGAAAAAGGCCUUCACAGAGCUUCAAGCCAAAGUUAUUGACACUCAACAGAAGGUGAAGCUUGCAGACAUACAGAUUGAACAGCUGAACAGAACGAAAAAGCAUGCACAUCUUACAGAUACAGAGAUUAUGACUUUGGUAGAUGAAACUAACAUGUAUGAAGGUGUAGGAAGAAUGUUUAUUCUUCAAUCCAAGGAGGUAAUUCACAAUCAGCUGUUAGAGAAACAGAGAAUAGCAGAAGACAAAAUAAAAGAAUUAGAAGGACCAAGAUUUCCUGAGAUGCAGGUGGAGACGUUGACUUCGUAGGGCACUGUGUAGUUUCUGUGAGUACUAUUUGAGGCCAGUGGUUCAGAAUCUAACUCAGCCCUCUGCUGCAUUGGGGAGAUAGCCCGUGUAGCCUUCUGGGGAUUUCUCAGGAACACUGACUUGGCUUGGCUUCGAAGCAUGUAGUGUCUUAGGUUACUUAGGCUUAUUUUUGACGCCUGAUGAUUUAAACAAACUUGAUAAUAGAUUUGUAGCUUAGAAAAAUAUAUUGUAAAAAUAAGACAAAAAAGCAAAAAACCCAUUAAAGAAAAAACUGUUAGCCUGUGGUAACAGGUUGUUACUGGGUCCUAUUUUGUUGUUUUUAUCAGCCCAGCUGUUCUAGAAAGAAUUUUAUAUCUUGUGUUUUCACUCAAAAAGAAUCAAAAGUAUUUUAAAAACCUAAAUAAAGCCAUUUCACGUAGAUGAAACAAAAAAAAUGUGUUUUUGCAAUUGUAGGUAAAUAUCUAAAAAUUGUCCUGUAUUUUGUGACAAGAUAUAAAGUAUCGUGUAUAAAAUUCUUUUUACGAAAACAAACAAAAAAUCAAGAUCUGCGUGUGAACAUUGAAAAUGAUACAUAAGGAUAUAUAUUAAAGUGUUAACAGUGGUUACCUUUAAGGAAAUUAGAUGGGAUAUAGGGGUAAAAUGAUUUUUUCUUACAAACUCUGUGUUGAAUAAAUUUUAAUAAGUAUGUGUUAACUUUUAUGAUUAGAAAAUUUUCAUGGUAAAAUUGCUACAGAUGAUGAUUUUAGCAUACUGCUCAGUUCUGGUGAGUAUUAGGAAAUCUAUUUUCUAAAAGUUUCCUUUUUGCUGUUUUGUGAUCGUCUCAAAAAAAAAAAAAGAAAAGUUUCCUUUUGUGGAGUCUCUCAAAUACUGGUAGAAUAGUUUAUCUAUUAGGAAGUUAUUUUGUGUUUUUUCUUUUUAAUCUUUCUUUUUACAUGUCAUUUACAUUACAAAAGCAACACAAGUGCAUUGUAAAUAAGGAAAACAAAAUAUAAAGCAAAUCAUUAAAGCAAACAAUAAAAAUAUAGCUUUCUUUUCUCCAAAUAAUUCCAAAUGUCACCACCUGUCACCUCUACAGUUUGAUGCAUAUCAUUCUAAACGUUUGUUUAUAUAAACAUAUUCAUACACACAUUUACACAGCCUUUUUUUUUAAUAAAGAGAAAUUAU